CCCAGCUUUACAUCCUGAUAAUUCUCCUUCAUUUAUUUAGGGAGUGCGAAAUAAGACAAACAUGAGUGAUAUGGACCUAGAGGCUUUCAAGUUUGCAAUUUCUCAACCUGGCGCCCUCACUGCUGCUUUAAAUUACUAUCGAAAUAUUGUUACAUUGUAUCUUGACGAUGAUUGGCUAAGAGAUGGCCAAACGCGCAUUACGUCACCGACGUUGAUUGUCUGGGUAAGGUGUUACAAAAUCUUCUUCAUAGCUGUUUCAUGAUAUUCGAAAUAUUGUUACAUUGUAUCUUGACGAUGAUUGGCUAAGAGAUGGCCAAACGCGCAUUACGUCACCGACGAUGAUUGUCUGGGUAAGGUGUUACAAAAUCUUGUUCAUAGCCGUUUCAUGAUAUUCGAAAUAUUGUUACAGUUCCUAUAAAACACUGGUUUAAGCAUAGUUUUUUGUGAAUAAAGCAUACGAUUAUGCUUAUUUCUAUAAUCCAUGCUUGUUGGCAAAGAAAAUCGUCUUGGCUAUGAUAAAUUUCAGUUUGAAGACCACCACAAGUACGCCAUUUAAGUUAACAGGGAUGUGGCCGGCGGAAAAUUGUAAUUUCUAAAAUUUUUUGAAAUGGCAUUUUCUGCGUUUGAGUAAAAACAUGUAGAAUUCUUUAUUAAGUGAAAAAAUGUGUGUAUGUACGUAUGUAUGAACAAACGAAGACCUGGCACUUACCUGAUCGUAAAAUUUAACCCUAAUUCUAACUAAAAAUAUGACGGUUGUUCAUACACCGAGAAAGUCUCUGAAAGCUCCUAUAACUUUCCAUCACUAUAUUUAAUUUACAUACUGUAUGAGCUGAUUAUGCAUGCAUGUGUAUUUUAUCAGGGAGAUCAAGAUCCUUUUCUUACUAAGAAAACUUUGGACUUCAUACCAAAUUUUGUUGAAAAUUCCACAAUAAGGUAUAUGUACGUUUUAGCUUAAAGUUUUGCAUAACAUGAGUGGUCUGCAACUGACAGUUAUUCUGUGAAUGUGUGUUAAGACUCGACUAUUGAACUCAGUUCGUUCCACCUUGUUCCCAAAUCUUUUCUCUUCCUGACAUUUUGGGAAAAGGCCUUGUUGACCAUAGAGAUUAUAAAUAACACUAUAGAGGAGGCAUCGCAAACUUGACAUCAGGAAAAAAAGGAAUGCAGCUAAAAAUUCAAGUCCCGGAUGUGUACUCGUAUUCCCAUUGGUGAGGAGUUUCAAUUUAGCCAAUGAGAGCAUGAUUUUAUAUCCGGGACCUAAAUUUGCCCCCCAUUAGCCGCGUUCCCAAAUUUUAACCUCGAUGCCUCCUUUAGUGUUAUUUAUAAUCUAUAUGCUGUUGACGAGGUUGCAGUGCAUUUAAUUAUAUUGGACCAAUCCCAUAUUAAUCAAAAUUUUGAACUCAUCAAGUCUAGACAAAAUUUUCAUCACAGCUUGAAAGACUUGGAGCAUCACAAAAUUAGUAAAAUUCCAAAGUUUCGUUGCGAAAUGUUGUAAAAGGCGGAUAUUAUAGCCUUGCAAAGUUUGUAAUUUUCAGUCGUUUUGUAUUACGCACGGAAGUGGUAACCGUUUCCCGCUUGUAAUACAAAAUGACUGAAAAUUGCAACUUUCGCAAGACUAUAUUAUCCGCAUUUUACAACUUGUGCAGAACAUCCUUCUUCAGAAACGUUUAUUUCAACAGAGUGGUUCUAAUGUGGAACAACCUACCAUCAACUAUUAAUAAAAUCAUCCCUAACCUUCUCUUCGCUCAAAAGUAAACUAUACCACUACUAUACUAUGAGAAAUUGAGCUUAGAUUUUGAUGUCGAUCGACCAAGAACUUGGAAAUCUUUGUGUACAAAGUGUCGCUCCUUUGACAUUACUUGUUGUUCGUAAACGUGUAAUCUGUAAAAAUUAGUAUAAAAACUCUAAAAAAUUUUUAAAAAAAUCAUUUAUACUCUGUUAAGACAAAAAGACGGUUCUAGCCAGAUAAAGUGUUAAGUCAGAUUAACAAACAUGUAAAUGUUAUGCAUGCAUGUUAGUAGAAAUAGUUUUGGUGGGACUUAAUUGGAUCUUAUUUAAGAUCUGUUGUCCUUUUUUUCCUUCAAUCAUUUGUUAAUAUAUGUUAUUGAUUGUAAAGUUAAUAAUAAAAAAAAAAAUUAAGAGAGAUUCAACUACCUGAAAAAACAAUAAAACUUGUCUACCUGAAAAAUACAAGUAAAAGUUGUCCACUGAAAAAUACAAGUAAACUUGUCUACCUGAAAAAUACAAGUAAAACUUGUCUACCUGAAAAAUACAAGUAAACUUGUCUACCUGAAAAAUACAAGUAAAACUUGUCUACUUGAAAAAUACAAGUAAAACUUGUCUACCUGAAAAAUACAAGUAAAACAUUUUUCAGGUAGUUGAAUCCCUCUCAAUACGCAUCUUUUUGGUUUAAUUAUGUAGGCUAUUUAUAGAAUAGAUUUACUAUUACCUACUUCAGGCAUCUUCAUAUCAAUGCCAAUGGCAUUGGUAUGAUGGAGUUUUCUACGAAAGCAGUUCUUUAUACUAAAUAGGUUUUUAGGCUAUAAAGUUCUAUUUUAUGAAUGCAGGUUAUUUGCUUGUAGCAAAUACGGUCAUUAGACCGAACGUUAUAAUGUCACUUCAUGUUGUAGAUUUGUCGGUGGUGCAAGUCACUGGGUCCAGCAAGACGAACCUCAGAUUGUUAAUGACUUUAUCCGAGAAUUCGUACAAGCAUCGUGAAGUAUGUAGGAUUUAACAGAAAAAUAAUAUGAUUUGGGGUAUGCAUGCACUGGAGAUAUUUAAUUCGUAACCUCGUCCCAGGCCCUCCCUCUUGCGGAGGGAACGAGGUUGUUUAAUUCGCAGUUAUAGCUCUGGGUACGAGAUUGUUCUGAACUUGCAAAGAAAUGAAAACGACCACGAGUAAUCAAUAAUCAUGCUAUAUAAUGGCACUAUCAGGGGUUCAAAUCUAGAAAUAAUAAAUAGAAUAAUUUAUAUUAAAUAUUCUGAAUAAUGCAAGGUACUGUAGCGCGUGUGGUUUUGAUAUUAGAGAACUGUGAGUAUCAUGGCAGAACCUAAACCACUCUUGCUAUACUUUAAUUCCACGCAUUCAUGUGUGACAAUCGCAGUGACGUCACAGGAGUAGCUGUCAUGGAAAAUGAACUAGACACUAGUCGGUAACACAGAGUGGGUGUAUAGCUUAUUAAACUCUUUGCCUGUUACAGUAGAAACAUCUGCACGUGGAAAACGUUGGUUAAUUAAAUAAUGUCACACAGACCUUCAUGGUUUAUCGAGAGUAUCUGACAUGUGCGAGGCAUACGAGCUAGAAUUUUUAGUUAUUUUGCCAGACACUUCAUAAUAAUCUUUGAAAAUUACCCGACUCUCCUUGAGGAGCACAUGGAAUUUUAGUAUACGAUAACAGCUUUUUU